AUGAGCACCUUCGAGAGAAAUUCUCGGAGUGGGGUAUGGACUCGUCCUCAAGUCAUGAGGCGCAUCCAGAAGGGUCUUCGAGAAGUCCACACCCUGAGCGUCCAGGACAAGGAUCAGCUGGCAACAGGCCUUAGUUCUGUCUUCGAUGUUUGCGACCCCUUCCGCACCGUAGACGGAAGUUUGGGUUUACGACGUAGACAACGUUAUCCAAGCACUAAGACUGCCAUCACACGCGCAUCUGCCUCUGAGGAAGGCCGUUUCAGUGUAGCUCUCCGCAUUUUUACUUCCGGCCAUCAAACGUCGGCCCAAGCGUUACCAUCGAACAAUGAGUUCGAUAACUUCAAGCAGCGUCUACUCAAUGGAAAGGAUCUUCGCCAUAGAAUGGCUCAGCAAAGGCGAGCGCAGCGCCGCAGAACAGGCGUACCAUCAUUCUAUAUAGCGGAAGGGUCACAUAGGAACCAGUUCCGGCCCAUCUUUUCUGACAAGGCGAGCAUAUUGAAUGGGCGCACAGUUGAUAUCAGUAACUGCCGUCAGCACGAUAGGCCGGGCCUUAAGCAUCCACCACGUCGGAGAAAGGCAAAAAAGAAGCAACAGAAAAAACAAAAGCGGAAGCACAAAGGCAAGAAGCCCCACAGGGCUAAAAAAGAAGGUGCACCAAUUAGGAACUUGAAGGAUGCUACGAAGGUUGAUCACAGCUACAGCAGUAAGCACCCUAUCAAGGCCUUAACAAUUGGGUCCCUUAAGGCCUCCAUGGCAAGGAAAGGCGGACUGGACGCAGAUGAAAGGGAUAGUAUUGCAAGCCAGAUCCGAGGGGCAGUUGUUGUCCUCAACCGACUACGCCGCUAUGCAUACUGGGCGGAUUGCCUUGGACAUUGAGAGGAUCAUGCGGUUACCAGGGGCAGCAAAGUCGAGGAAAAAGGCACUGGACGAGGUCUUGGAUAGCAAUGAUUAUUCCUUCCGUCUCGCCACCCUUCUUUUGAGUGGUCAAGGUGGCCCCAAUUCAGCUUACGCGAGGGCAAAAAAACAA